CGCAGAGGCGCGCCCGGGGCACGCUGGGAACGCGGGGCGCCGCGGCCCGGCCUGACCCGGAAGGGCUGGUGCGUGGUAACCCCGGCUUCCCUAGCAACCGAGCAGGUGGCUAGUCCUAACCAUCCGCAUCCUCUUGUUCAGACACCUCGCGGGAUGCCGCUGCAGGUUAGCGAUUACAACUGGCAGCAGACGAAGACUGCGGUGUUUAUCUCCGUGCCUCUCCGGGGCGUCUGCGUCAGAGACGUGGACGUGUUCUGCACGGAAAGCUAUUUGAAGGUCAACUUUUCUCCAUUUUUAUUUGAAGUGUUUCUCUAUGCGCCCAUAGACGAUGAAAACAGCAAAGCCAAGAUUGGGAAUGACACUAUUGUAUUCACCUUGUAUAAAAAAGAAGUGGCCAUGUGGGAGACCCUUUCUGUGUCAGGUGUUGACAAAGAGAUGAUGCAAAGAAUAAGGGAGAAAUCUAUUUUACAAGCACAAGAAAGAGCAAAAGAAGCUGCAGAAGCAAAUGCUGCAGCAAGGCGAGAAGAUCAAAAAUAUGCACUAAAUGUUAUGAUGAAGAUUGAAGAAGAGGAGAGGAAAAAAAUAGAAGAUAUGAAAGAAAAUGAACGACUAAAAGCAACUAAAGAAUUGGAAGCCUGGAAAGAAUGUCAAAGAAAAGCUGAAGAACAAAAAAGAAUUCAGAGAGAAGAGAAAUUCUGUGAACAAGGAAAGCAAAUUGAAGAAGAGAGAAACAAAUUAAAACAUAAAAGCCUUACUAGAAUUGCAGCAUCUAGAAAUCUUGCCACAAAAGGAAGAAAUUCAGAAAAUAUAUUUUUGGAGAAGUUAAAGGAAGAAAGUAUUCCUGCUCCUCGCUCUGUUGGCAGUAUUAAAAUCAACUUUACCCCUCGAGUAUUUCCAACUGCUCUCCGAGAAUCACAAGUGGCAGAAGAAGAGGAGUGGUUACACAAACAAGCAGAGGCACGAAGAGCACUGAAUACUGAUAUUCCUGAACUUUCUGAUUUAAAAGAAGAAGAAAAGAACCCAGAAUGGCUGAAGGACAAAGGGAACAAAUUGUUUGCAAAAGAAAACUACUUGGCAGCUAUUAAUGCGUACAAUUUAGCCAUAAGACUAAAUAACAAGAUUCCACUAUUGUAUUUGAAUCGGGCUGCUUGCCACCUAAAACUAAAAAACUUACACAAGGCCAUUGAAGAUUCUUCUAAGGCCCUAGAGUUAUUGACACCACCUGUUGCAGAUAAUGCUAAUGGAAGAAUGAAGGCAUAUAUACGACGUGGGACUGCAUUCUGUCAACUAGAAUUGUACAUAGAAGGCCUACAGGAUUAUGAAGCUGCGCUUAAGAUUGAUCCAUCCAAUAAAAUCGUACAAAAUGAUGCUGAGAAGAUUCGGAAGAUAAUUCAAGGAACAGAACUAAAAUCUUAAUGACUGCUGAAGCAACUAGGUAUUGUACUAGGUAUUGUUUUAAGUUUUUCAAAAAAUAACCAGAGGCAUUAGGAAUCUUGGUAAAUAUUAUGGCUGAUUGUGCAGAAUCACUUUCUUUUUCGUUCUUUAGUUCUGUAGAGGGCAAAACAUUAUAAAUCUAUAGAAAAAUGAAAUGUUUGAUUUGAAUGGUUUCUGAAUAAGUAAAUCAAAUUAAGAAUUAUUUAAUUCUUAGCUUCUUCAAUACAUGGAUUAAUUACAUAUAUAUUUUGUUGUUGUUG